ACAAACGCGGAAAUCCAUAGCACCGGUAGGCUUAAGUAGAAUUGUUCCUCGACGAGUUUAUCACUCCUGUUUUGUGUUUGAUACGGUCUGAAGUAAUUCAGACUUUGAAAUUACAUUGCGUGCCUAUUAGAAGUCUACGCUCUAAAUGAUACGUUUUUACAAAAACUUCAGAAAUCUCUGCACUGGUCCAAUGAAACAAACAGAACUUUCUGUACCUGUCCCUUGGGGAGAAAUCAGAGGGAAAAUUUGGGGUCCUGAGAAUGGCCGUCCUGUCCUAUGCCUGCACGGUUGGGCUGACAACUGUGGUUCCUUCAAUACUCUUAUUCCUCUUCUACCUAAAGAGUGUCGAUAUGUGGCGAUGGACCUGGCAGGUCACGGUCUGUCCUCGCAUCGUCCCCCUGGCGUCUUUUACACUUUUCCUUCGUAUGUGAUCGAUAUUCAGAGAGUUGUUGACACCCUCCGCUGGCGCAGAUUCUCCAUCUUGGGCCACAGUAUGGGAGGUAAUAUUGCUGGAAUGUUCAGUGCUCUAUUCCCUGAGAUGGUGGACGCUUGUGUGAUGCUGGAUUCUUAUGGAUUCUUACCCACUGAUGCGAAAGAGAUGGCCAAAAUAAUGCGACAAGGCAUAGACGACAUGCUUCAGUUUGAAAAGAAGCCCGAACAGAGCAAGCGAGUUUACACCUAUGAGAAAGCAGUGGAGAGGUUGUUGGCAGCAAACCCGACUCUGACUGAGGCGUCUGCGCACAAUCUUUUAGAACGUGGUCUUGUUCAAGUUGAAGGAGGAGUCGUCUUCUCACGUGACUUCCGUAUCAAUUUGAAAAACAUUGCUCGUAUCAGCUUGGAACAGAGUCUAGAGAUGCUGUCCACGAUACAAGCUUCCGUUCUGGUGCUUCUUGCAAAUGAAGGCUUUGAGAAAAUGUUUGCCGAACCAGACCAAAAGAAAUUUUCAUCAGAGCUUCUGCAGGCCUAUAGGCACAAAAACCACUCGGUGGUGAGGGUACCCGGCGAUCAUCACGUCCAUCUGAACAACCCAGAGGUGGUUGCACCGUUAGUUUGUGAAUUCCUCCAAAGCAAAGUCUUAUCCUCGACGGUCAGAGAUGACGGACUUACUGCGAAUCUGUAGGAAAACCACAGCACACACAUUAAUCACAUUGCUAAUUUCAACAUCCUUACUUCUCAUCUGUGAACCGUACUACAUAUUUGUAAUAAAUUUCAAUGUGUUGUUGCCUUAUGUGGCAGGCUUUUUCUGCCUUCAGACUUCUUACUCAACCAUCUACGCUGCCCUCAGGGUAAAAUUCCAUAGACUCUUCCUGAUACUGCAAAAAAAAAAACAAAAAAAAAAAACAGUUUAACAUUUCAGGCCCUUCGGCUACAGUCAAUAUGGGAAGCAGCCUCUUCAUUUCCCCGGUGAUUUUUGUUUUGUUUUUCUGUCUAGCUGUUUAUUUCAUUUUUUGUCUGGCCAGUUGACUCGUGCAACAUCAGACAGCGGUUGCUAUAUCACCAGCUACCCGCUGCCUUUGAGCAACCCCUUAAAUCAGUGACUUUGAACUCCCUCGGCCAUUAAUAUUUCAGAGGUUGCAUGAAUAAAUCAAAAGGCAACUAGCAGAGGAUAGCAGCAGCACCACAGCGGCUCUGGGGCUGCAUAUUAGUCAGGUGGUCCGGCUGCUCUGGUCUGUAGAGGAUUUCUCAUUUGCAUCGCAAGCAUCCACCUCUCUCACCUUACAAAGCUUCAAGAGCUGCUCUAAAAUGUCCCAGUGCAUUUGAAAAGUUUGAUUUGUUUUUUCAUUUGCUAUUUAACGGAAAUGUCAUCACAUGUAAGCAAUACAAAGAUGCUUGAAAACACUGUGUGUGUGCGUACAUGCUUGUGUGUAAGGCCAGUAGUCGUUAAUGCUAAAGCACAUUGCAUCUUAAAAUGUUUGUUGGAUGGAGAGGAUGCAUUUUCGAUUCAAUUUAAUAGUGGAAUGUGCUGUGAGAUGGUGCUGUGAUCAGAAUAAAGCUGAUACAAUUUUGCAGUUAA